AUGUAUUCCCCACGCGACGCCGCCAUACCGUGCCAAACCCCUCAUUUCCCGCUCCACCCCCCGGGCCCCCCCGGCCCGGUUGAGGGACAGACAUAUUUGGUGGAGAACACGCUGUUGGCUGAGGCUAUUGCCAAUCGCGCGGGAGUGUGGAUAGGGGACUGUGUGGCCUUCAUGCAGAACCCUGCUAACCCCAAUGUGGAUGUCUUUCUGGCGGCUACUGCCCACCACACAACGGCCAUGCUGCUGGCGGUUAUGUGGGAACGCAGCGGAGGCAGCGGAGGCGGGGGAGGAUGGGGAGGAGGUGGCGGGUCAGGGGGAGCAGCAACAGCGGGCGGAGGUGGCAGGGGGGCUUCAGGUGCCAUUGGCGGUAGCGGAAUGGAUCGCAUGUGUGGCGGCAGGGGACUGGGGGGCCAGCAACAGCAGCAGCAACAGCAGGAGCAGGAGCAGGAGCAGGAGCAGGAGCCGGCUGGUGGGGGCCGGCUGGGGUUGACUGGCAUUGAGGCCAACGUGUACAACUCUCAGGAGCUGUUGGUUGGCCUCCGGGAGUUGUUGGUGGUUUUAGAGCCGCUUGUCUCGUCCAAACUCAAUGAUGAGCUUAGUCAGGAGUGGCUACACCUUCAAAAGGAGGUACUGGAUAAAACUAAGAUCUUGAAACAGCCCAAGGACCGAACUAUCGUACUCAGGAAUACGGCGGCGCAGCUCGGUAGGUGGGGCGGGGUGAUUUUGGAACGUGACUGUGAGAGUACGGAGGUGCUCCGAAACGCCGUGGAGCUUGCCGUACUAUCCACCCUUUCCCACCCCAACAUCGUACAGUGCACCCCCGGCCCCUCCUUGAAGAAGGCCCUGGUCAUACUUAUGGAGUUUUGCGAUGCCGGCUGCCUGGCGGACGCCAUUCGGAAUGGAGUGUUCCGGGAGAACAUCAAAGUGCCAGUGAGCUCCCCCUCGGAUGUCCGCGGCUUCACCGCCAAGCUCAGUGACUUUGGCCUGGUGAAGCUGUUGACGGAGGCGGAUAUGGUGGCGGCGGCGGCGGCGGCUACAGCCCCGGGGGGGAGGACGGCGCGGAGGUACAGCGGGACCAUCUCGCACGUGGCCCCGGAAGCGAUACACCAGCACGGUAGCGGCUGUGCUGUGGACGUUGCCGUCGACAUUUACGCGUUUGGCAUUGUGAUGUGGGAGAUGCUGACGGGGCAGCCGGUGUACCUUGGGAUGAACUCGGACCAGAUUAUAGAGAGAGUGCAGAGCCAGGGACUUAGGCCCGUGCUCCCCCCGGAUACCCCCCCCGAUUACGCGGCGUUGGUGAACAGUGCGUGCCGGGCAGUGCGAAACCGUAACAAUACGCGAUUCGCCGUUAUAUUGGAAAUGUAA